GCCACGUGGUACCCACGUCAGACAAUGUGAUCUGGCAAAUCCAUUAUCCGGCUAUGGCUUGCUCAGCGUCAAGAGCGAUCCAUCCGGUAGCUUGGGCUCGUCCAGAAGUUCCAUCUCCAUCACCUUCUCGUCACAGCCAAGGGGAUCAUGUCAAGCUGCCUUCCGCGGCAAACGUUGCUCAACGCGCUGCAGUGGCGGCGGCUGUUCUAGUCCUAUGCACGAACACGAGCGAGGCCAUGGAGCAGACGGCCAAUGUUGAUCAUUCCUUGGUGUCCACGAUCAGUUCGAGCGAAGAAGAAAAGCCGCCGCCAUUUAUGAUGGCCGGGAUGACCGCCAAGAACUUUGAUCCCGCCAGGUAUGCCGGUCGAUGGUUUGAAGUCGCGUCUCUCAAGCGAGGAUUUGCCGGACAAGGCCAGGAAGAUUGCCAUUGCACACAAGGAGUGUAUCGGUUCGACGAGGCCAACCGAGCGCUCCAAGUGGACACAUUUUGCGUGCAUGGCUCCCCCGAUGGAUACGUGACGGGGAUCAGAGGUAAAGUCCAGUGUACCGCGGACACCAGCCUCAAGCGCGAGGUGGCGGCGCUGCAAAUCGAAGGUGGCGUCUCCGAGAGGUGCUACCUUCGCUUCCCAACGCUGCCAUUCAUCCCAAGGGAGCCAUACGACGUGAUCUCCACGGACUACGACUCGUACGCUCUUGUCUCGGGAGCGAAAGACACGAGUUUCGUCCAGAUCUACUCGCGGACUCCAAACCCGGGGCGAGAGUUCAUCGACAAGUACAAGGCAUUCCUUGGAGAGCUGGGAUAUGACGACGCUGCGAUCAAAGACACGCCUCAAGACUGCCAGGAGAUGUCCAUGGGCGAUUUGUCAGCGAUGAUGGCAGCUCCCGGGAUGGAAGAGAUGAUGAGCAACACUUUCUAUCCUCCUCCACUGGGCCUCACCAAAGCGGUGGAGUUCAAUCCAUUCACGAGCAUCUUUGACACCCUGAAGAAGCUUGUCAAGCUCUACUUCUCGUGAAUCUGAUCAAGACAAAACUUUCUUUUGAUCGUGAAAAGUUUUCCUUGUC